UCCGGCGGGUGACGCGCCUGAGCUCGGCUACAAAAGACGACGGCUGCGGCGCGCCGGGCGGAACUUUCCAGAACACUCGGUGAGAAGUGGAGGAGCGGCGGCUGCCCGGGCUGCGCACAGCAACGCGCUCCUUCCCGCUCCCCCAUACCGGCCUCGGCCCGCUCACCGGCUGUAGAAAAUGGUGAAAGAAACCACUUACUAUGAUGUUUUGGGAGUCAAACCUAACGCCACCCAGGAAGAAUUGAAAAAGGCCUACAGGAAACUGGCCUUGAAGUACCACCCUGAUAAGAAUCCCAAUGAAGGAGAGAAGUUUAAACAGAUUUCUCAAGCUUAUGAAGUACUCUCUGAUGCAAAGAAAAGGGACUUAUAUGACAAAGGAGGAGAACAAGCCAUUAAAGAAGGUGGAGCAGGUGGUGGUUUUGGCUCCUCCCCCAUGGACAUCUUUGAUAUGUUUUUUGGAGGAGGAGGAAGGAUGCAGAGAGAAAGGAGAGGUAAAAAUGUUGUACAUCAACUGUCAGUAACCUUAGAAGACUUAUAUAAUGGUGCAACCAGAAAGCUAGCUCUGCAAAAGAAUGUGAUUUGUGACAAAUGUGAAGGUCGAGGUGGUAAGAAAGGAGCUGUAGAGUGCUGUCCCAAUUGCCGAGGUACGGGGAUGCAAAUAAGAAUUCAUCAGAUAGGACCUGGAAUGGUUCAGCAAAUUCAGUCUGUGUGCAUGGAAUGCCAGGGCCAUGGGGAGCGGAUCAGUCCUAAAGAUAGAUGUAAAAGCUGCAAUGGAAGGAAGAUAGUUCGAGAGAAGAAGAUUCUAGAAGUUCACAUUGAUAAAGGCAUGAAAGAUGGCCAGAAGAUAACAUUCCAUGGUGAAGGAGACCAAGAACCAGGACUGGAACCAGGAGAUAUUAUCAUUGUUUUAGAUCAGAAGGACCACGCUGUUUUUACUAGGCGAGGAGAAGAUCUUUUCAUGUGUAUGGACAUACAACUGGUUGAAGCAUUGUGUGGCUUCCAAAAGCCAAUAUCUACUCUUGACAACCGAACCAUAGUAAUCACUUCUCAUCCAGGCCAAAUUGUCAAGCAUGGAGAUAUCAAGUGUGUGCUAAAUGAAGGCAUGCCAAUUUACCGUAGACCAUAUGAAAAGGGUCGCCUAAUCAUUGAAUUUAAGGUAAACUUUCCUGAGAAUGGCUUUCUCUCUCCUGAUAAACUCUCUUUGCUGGAAAAACUCCUACCUGAGAGGAAAGAAGUAGAAGAGACUGAUGAAAUGGACCAGGUAGAACUGGUGGAUUUUGAUCCGAACCAGGAAAGGCGACGUCAUUACAAUGGAGAAGCUUAUGAGGACGAUGAACAUCAUCCUAGGGGUGGUGUUCAGUGUCAGACCUCUUAAUGGGGCCAGUGAAAAACACUUCACUGCUGACAGUUUAUAUGCUGUAGUGAAUGAGUGAAGGACUAUAAUCAAUAUGCUCACUACUUGGAUUUGUUUUUGUUCUAAUAUUCAACUAUAGUAGUGUUUUAAAGUUAAAUGAAGAAUAAACUCAAAUAUAAAAGCUCCAACUUUGCCCUGUAUGUAUGAUGACUUCAGUGUGCAAGAUGAAGUUUAAUACCUGUAAAAACUACUUUUAAAUAAUUGCCCCUAGUAUAUAUUAGGACAUACAUUGUAAUUGAGUCCAGCUAUCUAUGUACAUGAAAUACAGUGUAGCCCGAAAAGUUAUAGGUGUGUGUAUUGAUUUCAGUGUAUGACCCGUACUUUGUUAAGACUCUGAAAGUUAAACUGUAUUUAACCUGGCAGUCAAAGAACUUAAUUUGUAGAGCAGUGUUGGUCUGUAUAAUUAAUUGUAUAAGUGGGAUUCAUUGUGAUGCCUCUACAUUUAUUCUAUUGCCUCAACUGUAAUUUGAUGGCAUGAUAAAUAACUUAGCCUGUGGUAUCAGUGAUAGAAAAGAUAACCUUUCUAAAGAAGGGGCUUAUCAUAAUAUGCUGCUUCUUGAGGGCUUGCACUUGUAGAAUUGCUCCCCUUUUGCUGUGCCAUCUUUUUUUUCUUUUUUAAUGAGUUCUUGUUAGAUUUUUGUUCCCCUUUCUCUUUGGACCAUGAUAAAACCUCAGUAGUGACUUAUGGAGCAGGAUAACAUAAGAAACAAAGAGUGAUAGGACCUUUACACAGCGAUGUCAUUUGCAUGUAUGAGUUAGGAAGGUGUUUAUUAGACAUGUUACAGACUUACUUUAAACCAUUUAUGCUCCAAGAUAACUGUAACUUAAUGUUGAUAGUAUAUCAAAUUAUGAUGAAUAGCUUUAAUUGUAUGUUUAAAAGUCAUGUUCACAAGCUUAAAUCUGGAUAUCAGAAUUUAAGCAAUUCUUGAAAUGUGUGACUGUCUCCUUAAUAUACUGAUUACAAAGCAUUUCCAAUGUGUGUCACUACAGGCUUUUUUUUCCCCUCCCAGAUGAAAAUACUAACUUUUCACAAAGAUAAAAAUAAUUUUCUUUUCAACUAGUUAAUAAGAUAUAUCCAAAUAAAAGUUUUAGCUAUAAUUAAUGUGAAACAAAGAUAAUUGAGUAGAGGGAUAAAUUGUGAACCAAGAAAUGGGGGUUUAAAAAACUUGACACCAGAAUGAGCCUUUUGCCAAUUUAUUCGUUUCUGAGUUGCUAUAUAUAUUCUAAUGAUGUUUAAAAGUUGUGGAAGUGGGGCACAUUUCUGUUUUCCUGAAAGGAUACAUCAGUUUUUGAAAGAGGGGAAACUAAAACAUGAACUAAAGAAUGAGCCCAAA